AAAAGUAAUAUUAAAAGUGGGAAAAAAUCAUUGGAGCAAAAGCCAUAGAAGAAGAAAGAGGGUGGGGGGCAUAAUAUUAGAAUAAAUGUGCAGACCACAAGUUGACAAAUUAAAGUCAUUGUUGUUCUUGAACAAGUCAUUUGUUGUUGUUGGUUCCUGGGUUCUCUGAGUGUGGGGGAAUUAAAAAGGAAAGAUCUUUCUGUGUUUGGGAUAUGGGAAAUUGAAAAGGAAACAUCUUUCUCUGAUUUUCUCGUCAGAUUCUGCUCCAGCAGCAGAUCUGAUUUGCUCUGUGACAGUAAUCUCAGGUUUUUUUUUUCUUUCUUUUUUUCCUGAUUGUUUAAUGUUAGUUCAGAACAGAAGUACCUACUUUUGUUGCUGCUGUUUUGUAUUGCGGCUGUGAAGUUUGAUGGAGUUGGAUUGGUUUGUGGGUCGUCGGAAAUUUUGGUGACUUUGUAGGGCAAUCCUGAGAAGGCCUUGUGGAAGAUUAUAAACCAUAUGAGGAAUGGGAACUAAAGUGCAGUCGAAGAUGUAUUUGCCGGGAUAUUGUUCCAUACAGAAUCUAAGCAGCAAUGUCGGCCAUGGGAGCUGGUCCCUACUCCACGAGAACAGAAACUUGAACAAUGGGCAACAAUACGAAGUGUUCUUGACAAGGCCAGUUAUUGAUGGAUUUCACGAACACGAUAAGGAGCAACUGAGGCAAACUAUUCUGAAGCAUGAGACAAUUUUCAGGCAUCAGCUCAAUGAACUCCAUCGUCUCUACGAAAGGCAAAAGGACCUGAUGAACGAAAUCAAAAGCAAAGAGCUUCUCAAACAUAAAAAAGUAGCAGGGAUAUCACAAUCAACUUUCUCAUCAUCCAGCUUUCCGACUGGAGAUGACAGAAAGAGUUGGCAUAUUUCUAAUUUACCCUUGGUGGAUUCCAGUUAUGGUAGACAAUCUACAUUGAGUACUUGUAUCAGCCAAUCUCCUUGUGAUUCUAUUGGAAAAACCCUGCGAAACAGCAGUCUCCCCAGCCAGAGUAGAGUAGGGAUGAAGGACCAUGAAUCUUUGGAUUCCAGAGUGAAGAAGCCUCGAAGAAGAUUGUUCAAUCUUGAACUUCCAGCCGAUGAAUACCUCAGUGAUGAAGAAGAACCAGAACGAGGUUUGGGGUCGGGAACUGACAAAUCUGGCUAUAACAAUAGUGUGUCGAGCUCUGGUUUGCAUUUAGUAAGAAGCAUUGGCUUGGCUGAUCUGAAUGAACCUAUUCAGAUAGACAAAGUGUCUGCUUCAACUUCUGUCAUAAUGUCUGGCAACCAACCGAGCUCCAAAGAGGAGAUAGAAAGGCAGGUUUUAUCUGCAAAUGCGUACAAAGUUAUGUGGCCUUUUGCAAAGAAAUUCCCUGAAAACCCACAAACGGGGAAGGAUGGAAGAGUUGGUGAUCUGCAUUUAAAGAAUGAAAUCCAAAAAGAGUGGUCAACAAAUGCUCUCAGAGAUGAGCAAACAAGAAAUUCUUCUGGCGGAAAGUUUGGUCUUCAAGAUUUUAAUAAGCCAUGUGAAUCAUCAGAAAACGAAGCUAGGAUACCCUGUGAUCCUCCUGCGAAGGUUUUCACUUCUGAUCAGAAUAAAACAGAGAAACGAAUAAAGAGGACACUUUUUGGUAUAGAAAUCUCUGAAAGCGAUAUAAGUUCAUCUGCUAUGACUUCCCAAUCUGAUGCAGCCAUUUCCGAGUCAUCUCCUAAUUGGACAAUACCUCCAAGUAGCUUAAGCCAGAACUUAACAUCGAUUCAAGUAAGCACUUCCAUUAAUACCUCCACACAAUCUAAUAGCGCUUCACUCAUGAUGCCACAAAGCCGUGAAGUUACCAAAGACAGAUUGCUUCUAGACUGUAAUUCAAUACCGUCAACUCCCAGUCUGAAAGACGAAGUGUCACACCAAAGCGGUUUUUUCUUCCGCGGUAAGUUGGAGGCCAAUGAAUUACAGGCUUGUCACCCCUCAAUGAGCCUUGCCAGCCAAGGGAACCAUUCAGCGUCAGGUCACCGGGUGGAUGUCAAACCUGCUAUUGAUGUGAAUGAUGUUCCUUCUAAUAAAUAUCUGCAUGAAGGAGCUUGUGAACAAAAUAUAAUUUCUCUGAAUGGGCUGAGGAACCAAGAAAGCCGACAAGGAAGAUUGCAUUGGCUUGAAGCAGUGCCACUUUGUGAUGGCGAAUCUUCCAAAGAAAUUGAAAGCAGACGCAUAUGUAGAGAGCAACUGAAAGCAGACAGUCUGAUUCUAGACAAGGGAUUUUCAAAUGAGAAUUCUGGUUCAAGACACCAAAUAGAUUUAAAUAGAUGUUUAACUGAAGAAGAAACUGAAACGACUGCCGCUUCCUCAAUUAUGAGGACAGAAACUGUGAUAGAUUUGGAGGCACCGGUGCUAGUUGAAACAAAUAUAUAUGGGGAAGAUUCCACUGAAAGAAGACGUAAGGAACUUCUUGACUCACCUCAUGAGGGCCUUAUCAGAGUUGCAGCCGAGGCUCUAGUUGCCAUCUCAGCAUCUCAAGCUCCCAAGAUGCAGGAAAAUGCCACUUGUUGCAAUCUGGAAGCUUUGGAAAACGACUCCCUUCUUUGGUUUGCAGAAGUAAUUUCUUCACAUGAUGGAAAUCUUGACAAUGGAAGUGCGGCAGAGGUUAAGCCAACUUCCUGUGAUGAAGAGGCUUUUCCCGUUGACAUGGACUAUUUUGAGCACAUGAUAUUAAAUUUGGUGGAAACCAAAGAAGAGCAGCCAUGCUACGUGCCUCCAAAUUCAGACAACCUCAUAGAGGAAGGGACAUUGUCAAAACGGCCACAAAGAGGCAAAUCGAGGAGGGGGAGGCAAAGGAAGGACUUCCGGAGAGAUGUACUUCCCGGUCUUGCUUCUUUGUCACAAAAUGAGGUGACUGAUGAUCUUCAAAUAAUUGAAGGGUUGAUUAAGGAAUCUGGUGGGAGUUGGCAGUCAAGUUUGUCACAUAGAAAUUCCGGUAAGGGUGGUAGGGGAAGGGGGAGAAAGCGUAUGGGAACUACUGCUCCAUCUACUAGUGUGGCUGAAGUUAGCCGGCCCCAGAUUGAGCAACCAAAAUGCGAGCUGCAGGGACCUGAGGAGAGAAACUUAACCUGUCGGGGUAAGAGGACAAGGCGCCCACCACGGCAAAGAUAUCCGAUUGAUAAUUCUCCUGUUCCUCAAACCUAAACAUGGAGAGCAGUCCUUUCCAUAGAAUAACAGAAGUGCAUCGGAUUGCAUGGAUCUUCCUCGGAUUUUUUAAGCCGUGGAGUUGUAAUUGUACACAAAUUAUGCCAAAUUGAGUCAUCCUUAAUUUGGUUU